AGCCGCUCUCAGCGACGAGCGUCCCGAGUCGAGUUUAAUACAUUGCCGCAUCAUGGACACACAUAGCAACCGACCUUGUCCGCCGACGACGCCUACGCUCUAUCUGUCAGCUGCACUACUUCCGAGUCACGGCGAGCAGGGCUUGUGAGCUCGUCGGUCUGUAACCUCGUUCGCCAUCCCAGACCCGGACUGCCAUGCCAUCUCUCCGGAUUUUGUCGACAGUGUUGGACCUCCCUGGCCGUCUGAAACAGAGACGCAACAACCCCCGCGACUCUAUAUCGCCAGAAUGGCAGGAACCUACUCAAGAAGAUGUCUCGAGUUCAGUGCGUGCGGACCAGGAGACGCAGCCUACGCCGGCGCAAGCCCGUGCCAACGAUGAGUUCAAGCUGCCGAAGAUGACUUCGUUGGUGAUUGUCCUGCUGGCUAGUACUCUCCUACAGGUGUCCUUCUUCAUCGUGGUCUCCUCCUCGGACCAGUAUGCAGAAUACCUGGGUGGUACGGCAACAUUCUCCGGUCUCGUUAUCGGCAUUCCUACCGUAUUCUCUGGGCUCGUGUUGGUGCCGCUCACGAAGCUCGACCAAGGCGGCUACAAGCGACCUCUACACUUCGCAUGCGCAUCUGCGCUCCUCGGGAACAUCCUCUAUAGCUUGGCCUAUCGCGCGAACUUCCUGUACCUCAUUCUCAUCGGUCGCAUCGUCUCCGGAUUCGGCUUCACGUUCUGGAUGUACUCCAAGCGGUACUGUUCUGAUCCCAGGAUCGUCGGUGUGCGCCGACGGACCAUGCUAGCCGGUUGGCUAGUGUUAGGGCAAGGCGUGGGCUUCAGCGCGGGCCCAUUCCUGGGCGGUCUCUUUUACAGAGUCGGCUUCUCCAACUCUGUGUUCAACGGAUACACGAGCCCGACUUGGAUCCUUGCUGGGAUAUGGGCUGUCUUCUGGGCUGUCGCCGCAGCCCUCUACGAGGAUGUGCCACCGCCCGUUCCCGCGACCCCCGAGAUCGAGCUCCAGCCGGUGCCAGUGCAAGGGCAGGUUGUAAUCAACGAAGAUAAGGACAACUCAACUGCUUCCGUUGCAGGUCUGAGUUCCACUACCGUACCAGCAUCUCCGAGCUCAGACGUACCGGAGGAGCCUCCUUUCCAUAUGACCUGGGCGCAGAUUGGUGUGACCGCGACUAUGUGCUGGUUCGCCAUGACAUGCUUCUUCAUCCUUGGCGCAUGGGAGGCGAACAUCCCCGUCUUCACAGGUUCAGACUCUACCCUGAACCCGUUCCACUUCAACCCCUCCGCAGCAGGCGACCUCAUCGCCCUCGGCGGCGUCUGCACCAUCCCAUUCCUCCUCCUGAACCUCCUCGUCGCGCGGCGCGUGCAAGACCGGCACACGCUCGCGGUCGGCUCGGGGCUCGGGCUCGUCGGGCUGCUCGUCGCCAUCUCGAUUCUGCGCGCGGACAGCGUGAACUACGGCAGCCUGUGGGUCUGCUGGUUCCUCGUCGCGCUCGGAUUCAACCUCGCAAGCACGGUCACGCUCAGCCUGCUCUCGAAGCAGCUUCCGGGCGAGUGGAACGGCCGGAUCAGCAUGUUGAUUCAGUACAGCAACUACACGGGGCGCGUAACCGGCGCGGUGUGGGGCGGCGCGGGCGUGAAGGUCGGGAUGUUGAGCUUCGUCGGGAUGCAGAUCGCACUCGUCGGAGUUGGCGCGGUGAUGUUCUCGACCCUUUGGAGGCAGUUGAAGGCGAAGACUGGUUGAAUUGGUUGGUAAGGUAUACGGAACCGUUGACUAGUAUUGGGCGGCGCGAAUCGUCCACAAUCGCGAUAGAAAUCUACCCCGUGUAGCUUUGCACAUCUGUCUUGUGGGCCGAGUCACUACCGAGUCACUACCCCGCCCGCCUCUCGCCGAUGCCCGCCAGCAUCUGACAGAUCAGAGGCACGACGGUCGCACGAACAGGCAGCGCACACUACGA